AUGGCUGAGCUGACCGAGCACUUGGAGAACCUGCAGAGGGUCAAGUCCAAGCUGGAGAAGGACAAGCAGGUUAUGAAGGCCGAGAUCGAUGACCUCAGCGCCAGCGUGGAGACUGUGCAGAAUCCAAGUGGGUUCGUCCUCCCUGAGCAGAUGAACGCCGAGGCCCACGUCCGAAAGCUGGAAGAUAACUUAUCAGAAGCCAACGCCAAGGUGGCUGAGCUGGAGCGGAACCAGGCGGAGAUCAAUGCCAUCAGGACCCGCCUCCGAGCUGAAAACAGUGAACUGAGCCAGACACAGGAAGAAUCCCAGUGCCGCCUCAAUCAAAUCCUGCGGAUAAAGACAUCACUGACGUCGCAGGUGGACGAUUACAAGAGGCAGCUGGAUGAAGAGUCCAAGGCCCGCAGCGCGGCCGUGGUGAGUCUCGCCAACACCAAGCAUGACCUGGGCCUGAUCAAGGAGCAGCUGGAGGAGGAGCAGGGCGGCAAGUCGGAGCUGCAGCGCCUUGUGUCCAAACUCAACACCAAGGUGACCACCUGGAGGACCACGUAUGAGACGGGCGCCAUCCAGAGGGUGGAGGAGCUGGAGGAGACCAAGAGGAAGCUAACCGCCAGGCUCCAGGAAGCAGAAGAGGCAGCAGAAACGGCCCAGGCCCGGGCCGCCUCCCUCGAGAAAAAUAAACAGAGACUCCAGGCAGAAGUGGAGGACCUCACCAUCAACUCGGAGAAGGCCAACGCUGCCGCCGCCGCCGCCGCCCUGGACAAGAAGCAGCGGGUCUUUGACAAGAUGCUGGCCGAGUGGCAGCAGAAGUGUGAGGAGCUGCAGGUGGAGGUGGACACGUUGCGGAAGGAGUGCCGCACGUACAUGACCGAGAGCUUCAAGAUCAAGACCGCCUACGAGGAGUCCCUGGAGCAUCUGGAGUCGGUGAAGAAGGAGAACAAGACUCUGCAGGAGGAGAUAAAGGAACUGAUUGAUCAGCUGGGUGAGGGAGGACGGCGUAUACAUGAGCUGCAGAAGAUGAAGAAAACGUUGGAGAUUGAGAAGGAAGAAGAACUCCAGGUGGCCCUGGAGGGAGCCGAGUCUUCCCUGGAGCUGAAGCUGGCUCAGGUGAAAGCUGACAUCGACCGGAGAAUUCACGAGAAAGAGGAGGAAUUUGAAGCUACGAGGAAAAACCACCAGCGGGCCAUUGAGUCCUUACAGGCCAGCCUGGAGGCAGAGGCCAAGGGCCGGGCAGAGGCACUUCGGCUCAAGAAGAAGAUGGAGACAAACCUGAAUGAGAUGGAAAUCCAGCUGGACCAUGCCAACAAAAACAACAGCUGCACAGAUCCUCCGGACAGCCGGGCCCUGCAUCGCCCAGCCCCUGACCUCCCCAAGGGCAGGGCCAUGCUUUGCACCACCUUCCCCUGGAGCCUCCACCUCCCCACCAGGAAGGCCAGGUCACACUCAGGCCUGGAGACUGCCCAGGCUGUGAAAGGUGGGGCUCAGGCCGGGUCCUCUUGCCCAACCCAGGACCUGCAGAUCCAGAUGGACAAGGAUGCCCGGCAGCACGAGGAGCUGCAGGAGCAGUACAACCUGCAGGAGCAGUGCCUGAGCCUGCUGCAGACAGAGCUGGAGGAGGUGCGCUCGGCCCUGGAGGGCAGUGAGCGCUCACGCAAGCUGCUGGAGCAGGAGGUGGUGGAGGUCACCGAGCGGCACAACGAGCUCAACGUCCAGAACCAAAGCCUCCUCGUGGUCAAGCGCAAGCUGGAGUCGGAUGUCCAGCGCAUCUCCUACGAGCACGAGGAGCUCAUCAGUGAGUUCCGCUCGGCCGAAGAGAGGGCCAAGAAAGCCACGACAGACCUAAGUGUGUGCGCUGCCCGCUGUGACCAGGAGGGGCCUGGGCACCCCUCGCCAGGCCCCCGGCUGAGGACCAGGCCCCCCCCCCGGCAGGGAAGGCUGCCUCCUCCCAUCAUGGGUCACUGUGGGGUCCUGUCCCUACUCUGA